AAUAACUGUACAACUGAUAAUUAAAGUGCAUAAUAGAUUUUAUAGUUUUGUGAAGGUGCUAAGGGAAAAAAUAAUAGGAUAAGUGUAAUCAGAAGACUAGAAUAGUGCGAAGAAGAACAGAAAGAAAACCGGUAGAAGGGUGAGGGAGGUUCAAGGGAAGGAAAAGGGACUGCACGCGGUCGGGAUACUAAAUUUUAAAGAGCUGGAGAGGGGCACUCAAGUAGGAGUGAGGACGCGCUACCAUUCUCGUAACAACUGUCGCCGGUUGCUAAACCCGCGUGAGGACUGUGUUGCCAGUGUUAUAUCGACUUGUAUCGUUUUUUUUUUUUGUUGUUUAAGUUCCUCAUUAAAUAUAUAUAUAUAUAUUUAACACAGAUAUAUAAUAAUAAAUAAAAAUUAUAUACAUAAAAUAUUUAUAAGUAUAUAUAUAUAUAUAUUUUUUUUUUAUACUGUCAACGCCAUACUUUAAUCUCGUUGAAUUACUGUUACGUCAGUGUCAAUUGAGAACGGAUAAUCUUGGUGUGUACCAGUGUUUGAGUCUACCUCACUUGUUAGCGGCAGCUAACUUUAUUUAAAGCUAUUUUUUUUAUGUUUUUUUAAAUUAAGAAACACGUUUUUGAGUUAUAUAUAUAUAUUGAAAGAAAAUAAAAAGUUUAAGUAAAAUAAAGAAAGAAGGAAAAAAAAGAAGAGAGAUAAAGAUAGAUAUAUACAUAUGGAUAUUAUAUAUAUAUGUAUAUAAAAAAUAAUAAAUUAUAGUUGAACAGUGCUCGACAAGCUAGUUCUUGUAAAUACGAGUUGUUAUAUUAUAAAGCGCCAGUUUUUUUUAUUUUUUUAAUUUACGUUUUUAUUUGUGAAUAAUUAUACAUACGUUACGUACAACAAUGUCUUUGGAUAAAUUCAGCGAGGGUGGUAUGUUGCAGAAGGAAAUGGAACGUUUAGAUAUCGAGGAUAAAAAUGGUGAAACUCCAAGUAGCGGCUCUGGGGCUAAAGUUCUAAUCAGCAAUCUGCCAGCUCACGCUAGAUUUGAGGACGUCGAGCUCCUGUUCUCGACAUACGGACAGGUGCAAAACGUUGAGAAAGUACCAUCUCGUGAUCCAAAUACGCAAACCUUACUCCUCAGCUAUGAGACUCAAGAGUUAGCACAGCAGGCUGUGAAUCAGUUGAAUGGCUAUGAGUACGACGGAAAUCCGAUAAAAGUGGAAAUGUCGAGCGCGGAAAGCCGACGAAGAGCACGUAGCCAGCGUAGUGGUGUAGCUUUCUCUGGUCUACCAGGUUCCGGUCGUCAGACAGAUUUCCCACUGCGUAUUUUGGUGCAGUCUGAUAUGGUUGGUGCUAUAAUCGGACGUCAAGGUUCCACCAUACGUCAAAUUACACAGAUGACACGUGCUAGAGUUGAUGUUCAUCGCAAAGAUAAUGUUGGUUCUUUGGAAAAAGCAAUUACUAUCUAUGGUAACCCUGAAAAUUGUACAAAUGCUUGUAAAAAAAUAUUGGAAGUUAUGCAACAAGAAGCUAAUAAUACCAACAAAGGAGAAAUUACAUUGAAAAUCCUUGCACACAAUAAUUUAAUUGGUCGUAUUAUUGGCAAAGGGGGUAAUACAAUAAAAAGAAUAAUGAUGGAUACUGACACAAAGAUUACUGUUAGUAGCAUAAAUGACAUCAAUAGCUUUAACUUGGAGCGUAUUAUCACGGUCAAGGGUACUAUUGACAACAUGAGCAAGGCCGAGUCAAUGAUUUCCAGUAAACUUCGUCAAAGCUAUGAAAAUGAUCUUCAAGCAAUGGCUCCCCAGAGCAUGAUGUUCCCAGGUCUUCAUCCUAUGGCGAUGAUGUCUACAGCUGGUAUGGGUUAUAGCUCACGUGGACCAGGGCUUUAUGGUUCUGGACCUGCACCGUAUCCUUAUCAAGGAAGCUUACCACCUCAACAAGGAGUACCAGCUAGUGAAGCUCAAGAAACAACUUUCUUGUAUAUUCCUAAUAAUAGUGUGGGAGCAAUUAUCGGUACCAAAGGAUCACACAUCAGGAAUAUAAUUAGAUUUUCUGGUGCAAGUGUUAAAAUUGCUCCUUUAGAACAGGAAAAACCUGCUGAUCAACAAACUGAACGAAAAGUCACUAUUGUCGGUUCACCAGAGUCUCAAUGGAAAGCUCAGUAUUUGAUUUUUGAAAAGAUGCGCGAAGAAGGUUUUGUAGCAGGAACUGAAGACGUGAGGUUGACAAUUGAAAUAUUGGUACCAAGUGCCCAAGUUGGCCGUAUUAUUGGUAAAGGUGGUCAAAAUGUAAGAGAACUACAACGGGUUACUGGAAGUGUAAUUAAACUAUCAGAGCAACAAACAACACCGGCGGCAGCUGAUGAAGAAACCACCGUUCACAUUAUCGGACCAUUUUUCUCAGUUCAGUCGGCACAACGAAGAAUUAGAGCAAUGGUCCUCCAAUCAGUUGUUCCAGGAAGCGGGCCGACUGGAACUGGCGUACGUGCUGGUCGUGGAAGUAGCCAGGAAGGCGGUGUCCGUACCCGAAGAGAUGGAAGUGCAACAUCUCAACAAGGUAGCUCGGCAUCUCAGUCUCAACAACAACAGCAGCAGCAACCUACGCAACAACAGUCUCAGCAACAAUCGCAGACAUCUUCGCCACAAAGCUCUUCACCAUUAAGUCAACAGCAACAGCCACAACAAAAUCAGUAACGUUGAUCAAGUUACACCAGAUGGCCAACCAACGUCACAUUAAAUUACGCUUCAAUCGGCCUCGUUGGUUUCAUAAUUCCUCGUAAUUAACUCACUUAAACAAUUUAUUUUAAGUAUUAAUAAAAUCUCAAUAUUACGACAGUUAAUUGGUUAUCAUGCCGUGAGUUUGAUUAAUUUUCGGAAUUUUAUUCUAAAAUAAAUCGUGUUUUUUUAUCAAACUCACGUGCUAAACGUUUUUUUUUCUUUAUUAAUAUUAUUAUUAUUUUUUUUUUUAUUGAUUUUUUAUUGAUCUUAGAUGAUCAUAAUGUGUAAAUGUUUUACGACACAUGGCUCUGGUAGUCAUUAAUCCUAGAUACAAUAAUCGUAAAUUUGAGAUUAUAUCAAUGCAAUUGUUUAGUAAGUGAGUGUAGGCGUGAAUUAAGUCGUAUCAAUAUUAUUGUAUAAUUUAUAAGAUCGUUUAUUAUUCAAGUAAUUGUGCGAUAAAUUUGUCAAAAUAAUGACAAAAAGAAAAAAAAAUAAUAAUAAUGAUAUUCACGUCGCCGAUGAAACGUUAAAAAUGAUGGAAAACACACACAACCUUAUUACCUCAUUCAUUACGAUUAAAGAUUUAAUAAGAUAGAGCAGAGUGAAAUGAGAAAUAAUAAACCAACUAAUUAAAGUCUACCUAAUAUUAAAGUUAUGAUAAUAAUAUUAAUAAUAAUAAUAAUGUUAUACAAAGAAGUUAAUUAACGAUUACACGAUUAUGUUACUACUAAUAUUUGCUACCACUAUUAUUAUUAUUAUUACUUUUACCAAUUCUGGUAAUCCAGAUAAAAUCGUUUGUUUUACAACUGUUUAUUAUUUUUUUUUCUUUUUAUACAUAACAAAAAUAACAAAUUAGUUAUUGCAGUUUUAUUAUAAUCAUUAAAAUUCAAUACAAGUUUGCGCAAACUUAAGAGCUAUAAUAAAUUUAAAUAAAAGAACAGAUAUAAUUACGCAGUUAAGUUGUAUAAUUUAAAAAAUAAAAAAAAAAGACAACAUUUUACUAUUUUAAACGAGCUAAGGAGCUUUUAGGCAACGCCCGAUUUGCACCGUAAUACCAAAGAAACGUUUAUGAUUUUUUUCGUAUUAUUAGUGAAGUAAAAAUACGUGUCGCUUGUAUGUUACACGUAAUGGGCUCAAAUAUUAAAAAUAAACAAAAAAAAUCGCCUCAAGUUCCAUAAUAAGAGCCGCUCGGCUAAUCUAAUUUAACAAUCGAAUAAAUUUUUAUUCAAUAUGAUUGUUAAAUUUAUUAUUAACAACAGUUAUAUUUAACGGACUCAGUUUAUUAAAGUUUGAGUACAGAAUGUGAUCAAGCGAUUAAUAAUAAUAAUAAUUAAUAUUUAAAAUAAAUAAUUGCAAAGAGACACAAAACAUUUUCAGGGAUUUUUACUUUACCAUGAGUGUAGUAUUGUGUGAGUGUGCGUAUGUUGACUGACUGAUUGAUGAAUAUUAAUUAAUAAGUUAUUGAUUAAUACGUAAAUUCUUGAUGAAAAAAAAAAAAAAUAAAUAA